GCAAGAAAGAAACCACCUCUCUCUCUCUUGGUGGAGGUGGACGCCGCGGACCAUCUCGAAUCUGCGGCGAGGCGGCGGCGUUGUUGAGGGCUUCGUUUCCGAUGGCGUCGCAAGGUGGGGGCGUCCGGGAGGCUGCCGAGAUUCUGGUCAGCUUCCGGAACAGGGAGCUGGUGCGGUGGCCGGAGUGGAUACCCCGGCCGAGUAAGGAGGAGGAUGAGGAGGUGGAGGAGGAGGAGGAGGAGGAGGAGGGGCAGGUAAAAUGGUUGUGCCGGCGGCCGCGGUCGCAGCGUCCGUUGCACAGGCAGGCGGCGGCGGUCGCCUCGGCGCGUGCUUCUGGGAGGAGCCCGUGGCUCGCCGGCGAGGGAUCCAGCGGCUCUGGCGGCGUGGGGGACGCGCAGGCGACGCUUCCGCCCCCUGCGAGGGAGAGGAUCAGAGUUAGGGUGAAGGUUAAGACCGCGCGGACGGCGACGGAGUGCUCCGGCGCCGGCGCGGGAUCCGGGGUGAAUUUCAGCCGGGAGGGCGUGGCGAGUUCGCAGCCACGCGCGGCGGUGAGGCCUAUGGUGAAGGCCGAGCCGACGUCGGCGGCGCGGACGCCGGAGUCGCCGCCGUUCUUCGUCACGGCCGCGGCCGGGGCCGGAUCCGUCCCUUCGACGAGCUGGGGCGGCGACCGGGAGCGCCCGCGCCCGCGGCCUCUCCCGACCGAGAAGGCGCCCGUCAAGACGGUCCCCGCGGCGGUGAAGGAGGCCAAGGCCAUGGACGCGUCGAGCCCGGAUACCCCUCUGGAGUACGCCGCCGCCGCCGGAUCCAGGACGUCCUCGAGCGGCGACGACGCUGCGCAGUCGGCGGGGAAGCGGAAGUCGCCGGGGGCGGGCGGAUCCAGCGGCGACGAGGGGUGCAGCCUGCCGGAGAAGCGCGCCCACCUGGACGCCAUCGGCGGCGGCGCUCAGACCACCGCGGAUAAAGAAGAGCGUUCGAAGUUCGCCGAUGACAUGAACCGUAACGAGGAAGGCGUGCUUAUGUUCGACCUCAACGAAUGCCUGGAUGAACAGCACUGGUCCUAAUGACGCGGGGAUUUUCUUUUUCUUUUUUUUCUGACAAAUCGGCGAUUCAUGGGGUCAGGAAUAAACCCAAGCCGUGUACAUAAAAAGAGGUGAAGCCAGCAAAGCAGUAGAGCAGUUGUCAAAAGCUGGAGGGCUUUGCCUUUCUUUCUAGAUUAUAAGGAUGGAUUGGAUAGAUGAUGAAGAAUCAAGCAGCUCUUGUUAGGUUGUUCCAUUGAAUUUGCCAGGCUAGUUUUUUAGUCAGAUUUGUUGUUCUUCGCACUGCUAGAUUGAUCAUGUUGGUAUAUUGCUUCUGGCUCGAUCACUGCCGCCCCGCUGCUGCCUCUGGGCCGUCGGAAAUUCAGACGGUGUAAGACAUCAGUUUUGAUCUUCAGUUCACUUAAAUGUGGAACUCAUACAGUGCAGGAACGAUAUUGCAUAAAUUUUGUUCUUUCUUUCCUUCUUUAGCUCAGUUUUUUUUUUCUUGUUAUGUUAUAUCUGUGGUGAUGGUUUCACUGGCCUGGCUGUACUGCUUUUUAGCUGCUGGUGCUUCUGUUCUUUGUUGAUGCUUAUACUGAAUGUUGCAGUAUUCAU